AAGCAUUAGCAAAAGUGAACAUUGGGAAUGCUCUUGAUUCUCGUGGUGACUGGGAGGAUGCAUUGAAAGCUUUUGAAGAAGGCUACAGAAUUGCUGUGGAAGGUGACCUGCCAAACGUGCAACUUUCUGCCCUUGAAAACAUGCAGUACAGUAACACGGUCAGAUUUGAUAAUAAAAUAAAAGCCAAGAAGCUGCAGCAGAAAAUAGACGACCUAAAGCAAAUAUUGAAUCAACACGAAGCAAGGAGUACUGUUAGUGACUAUUGCCCAGAAACUGAAUCUGAAGGUGGUGAUGUAUCUGAUAAUAUACUUGAUCCAGUGGAUAGUGAUGGGCAUGGUGCAAAUACAUAUUCAGAGGAGCCUGAUGAUAAUGUUAUUCUCUCCUCACUAGUUCAUAGAAGUAGAAGCUCAUCCAAUAUCAAGGCAUCCAAGACACAUAGCACCCCCAAGAAUGUUGAUAGAUUAUGUCAGAUGGAUGAGGGAACUAGAGAAGUUAUAAGUAAAGCAUGUGGUAAUCAGUCUGGUAGAAAACGUGUUCGUAUGGUUAUAUCAGACGAUGAAGCUGAUGAGGAUCCUGAAAUUGAUCAAUCAAAAAGGAUACUAACUAGUCGAACAGAUCGCCUGUCUACAUCAGAGCAUAUAGCCCAUGGAGCAAACAACAGAAUUCAGGAUAAUUUACAACCUACUGAACCCAGGGAUGCGCACAGUAACUACACACCCUGCCCUGCUGAGGAAAGUAUAUGUUCAUUCAAAUCAAGUAGCCCCAUUGGUCAUGGUAAUGAUGGCCGGGAAAUAGGAGCUUCUAGUGGAGGAAAGGCAUCUGCAUCCAAACCAGCAGCAAGUGGUUCCAAAGUUUGUAGCCCUGCAUCAUACAGUCAGCCACAAGGUCAAAAUGCUGUCGGCCUUCAAUCCACAGAUGCUAAUCAUCAUUUUUUGGCGUUCAGAAUUGGUGAGCACCUGGUGUACUUGGAUGCAAAUGCUUGCAUAUGUGAGGCUGCUUUUAGCAUUGAUUCUCUUAAAGUUGAAGUGGCAUGUGUAUACAACCUUCAGAUUCUUGAUGAGAAGAGCUCCAAAGGCUUGUUUCCUAUUAUUGGGGAACUCAAGUGUUGUGGGAAUGUACUGGAUGGUGCAGAAUCAACAAAUUAUAUUGGUCAACUUGCUUCUGAAGAGAAGUGCAUUGAUGUUGUUAUUGAUGAUUGGGUGCCAAAGCGGUUGAUGAAACUGUACAUUGAUUUCUGCGCCAAGUUAUCAGAAGUACCAAACAAGAAGCUAUUGAUAAAAUUAUAUAAUCUCGAAGUUUCUGAAGAUGAAAUCAUUUUGUCUGAUUGUGGACUGCAAGAUCUUUCAAUUACACCUUUUCUUGAUGCCCUUAGAUCCCAUAAGACAAUAGCCAUGUUGGAUCUUUCUCAUAACAUGCUAGGAAACCAAACAAUUGAAAGGCUUCAAGAAAUAUUUGCAUCGUCAAACCAAACGUACGGUGGCUUGACACUGGAUUUACAUUGCAAUCGAUUCGGUCCAACAGCUUUAUUCCAGAUAUGCGAGUGUGCUGUUAUGAUUAAACGACUGGAAGUACUUAAUCUGGCUGGGAAUCGCCUCACAGAUGGUUGCAGUUCUUAUCUUUUCACAAUCCUACAGAAGUGCAAAGCACUAUAUAGCCUGGAUGUUGAGCAGUGUUCUAUCACAUCAAGAACAGUUCAGAAGAUGGCAGAUGCAAUAGAUGAAGGAUCGGUCCUUUCACAUCUUUCGAUAGGAAAGAACAAUCCGAUUUCUAGCAACACAAUGCUUAACCUUCUCUCCAAGCUGGCUUCUCUGAAAAGGUUUUCACAGCUAAGCUUAACUGGUAUAAAACUGAAUAAGUUAAUGGUUGAUAAGCUGUGUUCUCUUGCGCGAUCCAUGUGUGCAACGGGAUUUCUGCUAGGUGGAACUUCCAUUGGACCGGGAGGAACAAUUAAGCUUACCGAAGCAUUAUCUAGCACAUCUCAAGAAUUGUUGAGGUUGGAUUUAUCUAACUGUGGGCUCACAACUCCUGAACUCUCACAGAUAUGUACAAAUCUUUCUCAAAUCAACAUUCUUGACUUGAACCUAGGAGGGAAUUCCAUUAACUUGGAGGGAUGCGAUACUGUUGGGGUUAUACUUGCAAAUCCCCAAUGCAGUCUCAGAUCUCUCACCCUUGACAGAUGCAAUCUUGGGCUUGCUGGCAUUACUCGUAUUAUUCAGGCACUAGCAGGGAAUGACCAACUGGAGGAGCUGCGCAUGGCUGAGAACACAAACUUGGCACUAGAACGGACAUUGCAUUUCGACGAAGACAUGCAGGAUGUAUCGACAAGUACUGAGCGUAAACAUGGUAACAACGCCGAAACAAGUGAUAACAUAGCUCCAGGAAACGUAGAUCUUGAGAAUAUGGUGGUGGCAGAUAGUGAAGAUGAAGCGGCCAAUGAAGACCGGCGCGCAGCGUCGGGUGCCUCCCGGAGCUGUGCAAGUUCUUGCCAGAGAAACUCUUAUUCAGGCUGUGAGGUCAUCCAAGAACUCGCUGGGGCCCUAGUUUUUGCGAAGCAACUGAAGGUGCUUGACCUCAGCCGGAACGGGUUGUCCGAGGAGGGCAUACAGUCGCUGUAUACUGCUUGGGCUUCUGGCGAGAGAGGCGAUGGAAUAGUUCGGAAACAUGUGAGCAAGGACGUGGUUCAUUUCUCGGUGGAUGGUAUGAGUUGCUGCGGCCUCAAACCCUGCUGCAGAAGAGACUUGCAAAUGUAGUCCUGGGUGGCCUUCCAACGUCAGAUUAUAGUCGUUAUUAGGAUCAUAUACUUAGAUAACUGAACAGUAAGUUAAGUAGGGCCUUUCUAUCAGUGUAACUCUGCGGCUAUUUUGAGAACAGAUAUGGGUCGGUAUACUAUUAUAUGAACUUAUCAGCAGUGUAAAUUAUGACUUUGCUGGAGUGAGAUUAAGCUUG